AUGGUCUCUCUGGGAUCGGGAUGGUCUCUCUGGGAUGGGGAUGGUCUCUCUGGGAUCAGGAUCAGGUCCCUGGGAUGGGGAUGGUCUGACUGGGAUCGGGAUGGUCUCCCUGGGAUCAGGAUCAGGUCCCUGGGAUGGGGAUGGUCUGGCUGGGAUCGGGAUGGUCUCCCUGGGAUCAGGAUCAGGUCCCUGGGAUUGGGAUGGUCUGGCUGGGAUCAGGAUCAGGUCCCUGGGAUUGGGAUUGUCUGGCUGGGAUUGGGAUUGUCUGGCUGGGAUCGGGAUGGACUCACCGGGAUUGGGACGAUCUUGCUGGGAUCAGGAUGGGCUCACUGGGAUCAGGAUGAUCUUGCCGGGAACAGGAUGGUCUGGCUGGGAUUAGGAUGGGCUCACUGGGAUCGGGAUUGUCUCCCUGGGAUUGGGAUUGUCUCCCUGGGAUUGGGAUUGUCUCCCUGGGAUCAGGAUGGUCUCCCUGGGGUCAGGAUUGUCUGGCUGGGAUUGGGAUGGACUCACCGGGAUUGGGAUGAUCUUGCUGGGAUCGGGAUUGUCUGGCUGGGAUCGGGAUGGUCUCUCUGGGAUCAGGAUGGUCUGGCUGGGAUCGGGAUGGUCUCUCUGGGAUCAGGAUGGUCUACUGGGAUCGAGAUCACCUCCCUGGGAUCGGGAUUGUCUGGCUGGGAUCGGGAUGGUCUCUCUGGGAUCGGGAUGGUCUCUCUGGGAUCGGGAUGGUCUCUCUGGGAUCGGGAUGGACUCACUGGGAUCAGGAUCGUCUGGCUGAGACUGGGAUUGUCUGGUUGGGAUUGGGAUGUUCUGGCUGAGAUUGGGAUCACUUUACUGGGAUCGGGAUGGUCUCUCUGGGAUCGGGAUGGUCUCUCUGGGAUCGGGAUGGUCUCUCUGGGAUGGGGAUGGUCUCUCUGGGAUCAGGAUCACCUCUCUAGGAUCAGGAUGGUCUCUCUGGGAUCAGGAUGGUCUCCCUGGGAUCGGGAUUGUUCCCUCCGUGCCGGGAUUUGAGCGCAGUUUCAUUUUGGGGGUCCCCACCCCGCUUCCCCCGGUGGGAUGGGGAGGGCGAUUCCCACUUGGAAGAGCUUCCAAACACCUGGAAAAGCAUCUGGAUCCAGCCAGGAUCCGGCUUCCCACCCCCCCCCUCCUCCCUCUCCAGCCGUAUCCAUGGGGAUGGAUCCCGGGGCUGGCAGAUGCUUCCAGGCUUUUAUCCUGUGGGAACGCCCACGGGAGAGGGCUGGGAAAGCCUGGAAUGCCUCCAGAUCCCCUGGAAAAGGAGGAUUUGGGGAGGGGGGGGAGCACCAGGAGCCAGGGAUCGUCUCCAGGGACGGCAUUCCCAGAUUUUAUCCCCAUUCCCGCUCCCCUGGCAGCUCCAGGGCGGGUCGUUUGUGUGAUUCCCUCCGGCAAAUCCCGGCGGGAAAAGGAGGAGGGGCUGGAAUUCCCGGGGUGUCGCAUCCCUGGAAUGUCCCUUCCCUGGGAUCGGAGGGUCCCUGUUGGAAAGAAGGGGGGGGAUUUUUUUUCUUCCCCCCUUGGAAUGCAAAGCUGGGGAUAAUCCCCUAAAAAAACCGGCUCGGCUCCGGCUCUGGCGCAGCCGGGAAGGGCGUUCCCAGCAGGAAACCCUUGGGAUGCCACCGGCGCUCCCAGAAAACCCCGGGAACGGGGAAGAGCCCGGAUUAUCCCGGUUUUCCUGAUCCCCCGCUCCCAGGGGGGGAUGGGGGGGAAGAUGGGGAUGAUCCCUCCAGAGCUGCAGCCACGGAGAACCCCGGGAAAGGUCCUGGUGGGAUUUGGGAGAUCCC